CCCACAACGCCCCGCCGGCUCACGGCCACCCGCUCCCCGCCGGCGCCCGGCCACCCCGUGCCCUGCCGCCUCCUGGCCGCCCCGCGCCUCACCGCCUCCUGGCCACCCCGCGCCUUGCCGCCGAUCGGCUACCCCGCGCCCCGCCGCCGCCCGGCCACCCCGCCCCCACCGCGUCCCGGCCACCCCGCCCCCGUCGCCGCCCGGCCACCUUGCGCCUCGCCGCUUCCCGGCCUCCGCACGCCGCGCCGCAUCCCCAUCACCAGCGCCCGGUCGUGCGAGAACCAUGCCCCCACCAACCCAGCUGACCUCCACCAUGCUGCAGCACCACCACACCAUUUCCUGCCAGUGGGGAUCCGCCGCCGAAUCCAGGCAUAUCGGCGCGCCGCCCUCCGCCUCUUUCUGUCUUCCCUCGGUGACGCUCCUCCACCAUCACUCUGCCAGGUUCCAGCGGGGGCUCCACAUGCCGCUACGUCAGUCCAAAUCCCGCUGCCCAGGCCGGCCACCACCAAGUUCCUCUUUGCUCCACCCCCACAUCGGGUUGCAGCUCGGGCCCCUCGGUGCCGCAUCUGGUAGAGCUCGCUGCCCUGCUGUGGUUCUAACAGGGGAUGGACGUGCUGGCAUACACAGGAAGAUCGAGGCCCUCGUCUGUUUUGAUCGCGAUGCUUUUCUACUCAUGACACUGGAGCCCCCACUACGCACAAGUACGUGGUGGAAGUUUGUAUCAGUUCGCACCUUCCAUAAAGUUUUGUUGGUAGUUGUAGUCUCCCGCGCUCUCUGCCGUCGUCAAGGGUGCAUGUGUGCCGUCCUCAGUCCAACCCCAUGGCAUCAGGGUGGUCGAGUUCGUCGCGACCAGCAGUCCAUGGCUGUCGGUUUCAACUUUAUUCCACCUAGCUGCCAAUGUGGUCGCUGGGGCUAGUCAACUGGAAGAUCUACAUGUCAUCAGUCCAACUUCUUGCCCCGCCGCCGGUCACUCAAAAAAGAGUCGCGUGUAGGCCACCCCAUGCUCCGCCCCCUGAUCCGGCGUUUUUGGUAUGAAUUUGAUGAAUCUUCUGAUGCUCUGUUCUUAUUCAUCUAGAGAUUUAUGUUCAUAUUGACUGUUUGUAUUGCUUGUACCAGUUUCAUAAAUUUAAGAAGAAUAUCAGUCCAAUAGCAGUCCAAUUUGCAAACCAAUAGCAGUCCGCGGGCCACUACUACAGCAAAUAUCCGAGUGAGUUGCAGUACAACUUGAGCUCGAUGAGAGGGUGAUAAAUUUAAGAAGAAUCAGGAUCGUAUGCGUGUUGUGUCAUUGAUCUUUCUCUGAACAAUGCUGUUUCUGCCAUGGACGGAUGCCUUCUCUGUAGAUAAGGGCAUAUGACACUCUGUUCUCUGAAGGUGCUUGUUGAUAUGCCAAUGAGAACAUGUACAUUUUUCUGCAGGUUUUCUUGUUGAUUUAUGAGGGAUACCACAAGUUCUAUUUUUACAGAAGUUGAACUACAGGAUAUGAAGUUUGAUGGAUGUGGAGGUUCUUUUGACCUUGAAAUUUAUAUGAGUUCAGCUUUUACUAGAUUUUAGUUCAAAAAUUGCAUUCUUUUCAGUAAAUCAACUUUAAUAUGCAGAACAUCAAGGAAAUCUUGAAAAUUAUAUGUGCACUCUAUGUCUUUUUCUUAUGCUUACAAGUAUUCUGCACUCAUACUGUUAUGCAUAAGUUCAGGUCGCGUGUGGAGUUUCAGAUAUAUGCAAUUGAAUUAGAGCACCAUGUUCUCACCCAUGUAAUUUGCAGGGAAAACAUAAUAAGAUCUAAGAACAUAAAUAUAGAAGUUCAUAUUUUGAAACAAAUGAAGUAUUUGGGAACUAAAAUGAAGUAUUUCAAAGUACAGAACUUCUAUUUAGGUUCCUUUUGUGUACUUCUAAUGUUACUGUGCAUGAACUUCUCGUUAUUUUUACAUGUUUUACAUGAUUAUUAUGGUCAUUUCGACCUUGACAAAUUUCAUUUUCUUUUUUUCCAUUCAUCUUACAGGUCGAAGGAGCUCCCUUCAGUUCAAUGGAUUCAACAAAAUAAUCCAUGUUGCCUACUAGAACUUGCGUGUGUGCUGUGGCAUGUGUGCAGCUGCAUGCCUGGUGCCUGAUGCGGCGUGCGAGCAUGUACACAAAUUGAACUGAAUGAUCUCCAGUAAGUGAACUCAAUGAUCUCCUGUAUUUGAACGACAGGGGAGAUGCAUCAUGUACAAAAAAUGGUAGGAUCUUGAGGUGUUGCUGCUACUUCUUUCUUCUCAUGCCCUACUGUUGCUCCAUUUGAUUCCAUGCUACUUAUAUGAAAAUAAUUGAUGGUCUAGGUGCUUGUUGAAAUGCUUAUGAGAACCAAUUUUUGUUGUUUGGUAUUUGGUAUAAUAGGGUAAAGAAAGGAUACCCUAUGAUGCCUCUUGCCGAAUAGAUUUAUUAGAAGUUCCAUUUUUCCAGCAAGUGUAUGGUCAGAUUCUCUUGAAAAAUGUUAUAAAAGACACAAGUGCUGCAGCGGUGCCGCCGCACCUCUGGUUUCCCGUUGGUAUAUUUUCCAUAUGAUCUGCAGCAGUUCUUCAGUGCGCGAUUCGACAAAAAGACCAUCAGUUCAAUUACUAAAUUACUAAAUAUUUUUUUGGUUCAGUUCAAUUACUAAAUUUAGUUCAGUACAAUUCUUGUUAUAGUUACAGAUCAGUUCAAUAGUUCGAGUUUAAAAGAUUACUUGUUGAGAUUCUUGUGAACAUGUAAUGUUACUGUACAUGAACUUGUUGUUCUUUUUACAUGAACUUGUGCAUGCUAAUUGGUGGUUGUUGUGUGUGAAAAAAGUAAUUUCUUGGUCAGGAUUUUGCAGGGUCUUUGGGUUAGAAGUGGUUAAUUGGUUAGCCCCUGGAGCUUGUCCGCGAGCCAGGCGCUGGGCCAACCACAAGGCAAACGCCACCAGGUAGGGCGCCAGACGGCUGCCGUGCGUGGCGUGAGCCUUUCCGACCCCAUUUCCAGGUUAAGCGCCAAGGAUCUCAUCGUCGGGUUCGCAAAAGCACUAGUGCCUCUGCUUCCAAUUUUCUUCAAAAGUUCUGCUAACCAAUUAGCCACUGAUAAGAUGACUUUACUUCCAACUAGCCACUCAAAAGUUGUGGCCAUUUAAUGACACCUUCUACAUUUGAGACAUGUGAAAUUGUAACCUUCCAAUGUUACCGUUUGGUAGCUCAGGAUGCUUUAUGUUUUGGAGAUCUACAGAGUGACUAUCUGAGAGCUGUGUUGGACUUUCUCAUUACAGCAUGGAACUUCUCUGAAAA